CAGAAGAGCUGCUCUACCUCGUUCGUCAUCUUCCCAGCAGAUCCAUCUUUCCCAAUUGCUCCCAUAAAGUUAGUAUAUAUACUAUUCUGAUCAACAUCGCAUUGCUCGACCGAACGAUCCACUAUCGACCUUGCAAGCGGCAAUCGAGACCUCACAUCAGCAUCAUGUCUCUCAAGCGCAAAGCCUCAUUUCCAAGCCUCGAAUCACAAAAUGCCCCCUCAAUGUUGACAGGCGGGUUCUGGAAAGGGGAGGAACCCCCCCAACAUCUGAAUAGCCGGACACGAAAGCGAUUCAGGAACGACCGUCCAGAAGAGAAAGUUGUAUAUGAGAACACACUUCGGUGGCUUUUUACAGCCCAACAGCAACAAACAUCCGCUCCCCUUGCAGAUGAGCAAGAACAAAUGGAUCACGAACCCACACUAUCACCUGAGACGGUCGACCCGCGCCAGCAGACGUUACUCAAAUUCUUCCGUCCUUGCCAACCAUCCUCCAAUAAAUCGCACCCGUACAGCCUCAUGCCGAAGACCAGCGAUACUCCAUUCUUCGGCGCGACACCUGUGCACUUUCACAGUAUGCCAAUCGCGGUCCCGGGACAUUCAAUGGAUAGCGAUACAUUCAGCCCUGCUUCUCAGACCACGGAUACCGAUAUGGAUGUGGAAAUGGAGUCGGCUAGUGAUGAGUCGAACUGCUCGUCCAGAGCACCAGUUGGCGGACUCGCCUGGAUGGGACACCCUAGGUUCUGAACGCCAAACGAAGAACCUGAUCUCAUCUAUGUCGCAAGCGACAAUAUAUUCUCCAUUAGCGAUGAUACCAAACCUAACACUUUGUCACACUGGGGUUCUCUUACCGGCUGUUGCUGGUCACGUCGGUUCUAUUCAGAGCCCAAGCUGAUGCGUUUUGUCUUGAACAACAACUGCAUGACGUCACUCUUUUGUAUAUCUACAGCUUCAACUUGAGAAGCUAUCUUCCUUUGCUCUGAAACAAGCUUGGACGUCUCUGGCCUUGUUAGCAUUACUGAUGUGGCUUGGAAGGCUGAGACGGCCGAAGGCUUCGGGCACAGCCUAUAUGAGAAUUAGAUCUACAUAAUACUAUUUAGCAUUGAAGCGCAAAGCUUCAGCGGGG